AUGGAUCUCAGUGACCUCAUGCUUGCUCACAGAUUCGUGUUGAGUGCGCCGGCCUUCGUUUGCAGUGCGGCGGUGUUCAAGAGCCGUGGCCUUGCGCUCAAGGGCCUGAGCCGUGGGCCGGCCGUCGGCGAAAAAGCGAGGGUCUGCAAGGCCGGGCUGGGCAGUGGCUACGAAUUUAAUGUUUUUCUCUUCCUCUCUUCCAAGCUGAAGUUCUGCUUCAGUUCUGCGAUCGGACCACGCUUUGCCUCGCCAGAUGAACCCCUUGCAACCAGUCAUCCCAUCUUUGUCCACGCCGUGCGCGCUUUCGCGGCGCCCAUCCCCACAACACGGCGACCAACGGGCGAGGAGCCUUGGUCCGGAUCUCUUCUUCAGAUCCGGAUCGGCCGGAUUGCGUGGGCGCGGCCGGGCGCGGCCUUUCUUCUCGAGGAUUGGUCCGACGAGUUCGUCGGCCUGGAGAUUCCGGACCGACGCAUCGUCCAGGCCGGUCCUGCGUCGGUGCCUGGGCACGGGCGGGAUUUCCGGUGCCAGGCUUGCGGGGGUGUGAAGCAUGGGAAGUUUCAAGAACCCAGAAUUGAAGUGCUGAGGGGGGUCUACCGCUGCGAGCGGCAUCCAGCCUAUUUAGGCGCCAUGCUUUGGGGCCUGGGAAUCCAGAUCGCCUUGUGCAACCCGGUGAUGUUGGUGCUCGUGAGCUUUGUUCUUUGGGCCUCCCUGCUCCACAUCUCCUUGGAGGAGGAGCGUGAGCUCUAUGAUGAGUUCAAGGGUGGUUAUGCCAACUAUGCGGCUUUGACGAGCUGUUGGAUCCCGCUCUUCAACUCGUUCUUAGAAGACUCUGCCUUCCAACGGGAGAUGCAGGACAACUGUGAAGAAGAGAAUGAGAACUUGCAGGAGGAAACGGAGGAGGAAGAGAUGGAAGAUGACUUGCACAGCGAGGACGACUUGCUGCCGACCUGGGAGGGCGUGCCGAAAGGUGGCUCUCUUUGGAACCGGCAGUUCCGGGAGCCCUGGAUGCUAGGCUGA